AUGAGCAUAGUUGUUCCAGUUGGGGUGGACACAGCUGACACCUCAUACCUGGACAUGGCUGCUGGCUCAGAACCAGAAUCGGUGGAGGCCAGCCCUGUAGUGGUGGAGAAGUCCAGCUACCCCCACCAAAUAUACAGCAGUAGUUCUCAUCAUUCCCAAAGUUAUAUUGGUCUGCCCUAUGCUGACCAUAACUAUGGAGCAAGGCCCCCACCCACUCCACCAGCUUCGCCUCCCCCCUCGAUGCUGAUUCAACAGGGAGAUGGGCGUUUGUUUAUGCCUGGUGGUCAAGAUGAAGCAUCCAGGGGCACCACGUUAAGCACCUCAGAAGAUGGCAGCUAUGGGGCAGACAUUACCCGCUGCAUCUGUGGGUUCACCCAUGAUGAUGGUUACAUGAUCUGUUGUGACAAAUGCAGUGCAUGGCAGCACAUUGACUGCAUGGGUAUCGAUAGACAGAACAUUCCUGAGACUUACUUGUGUGAACGCUGCCAACCACGUCACCUGGACCGCGAGAGGGCCAUUCUGCUACAAACGAGAAAGCGAGAGUGUUUGUCAGCCGCUGCAUCCUCGAGAGUCCCCGCGUACGGCACACAGGACGCAUACAGAGGCCCUCGCACACACGAUGGGUCGUUCCCUGCUGGUGCACUUCUUACAUACGGGGAUACCAGUGCAACAGAAAGUGGAGAUGAGGUUCCCCUAGAGCUCUACUCAACGUUUCAACAUAUGCCCACUAUCAGCGCCCUGACCACUGGACGUCUUGGUAACAAACCAAUUGAUAAAAAACGCAAAAAGAGUGGUGAUAGGGAACCUCCAGCAUCAUCGGCCAAGGCAAAAAAGGCUUUUAGGGAGGGAUCCAGAAAAUCCUCCAGAGUAAAGGGCGCUGCCCCGGACCAGGACCCGGCAGAGAUCCCUUCACUCUGGGAAAACAAAAUCAAGACUUGGAUGGAGCGUUAUGAAGAAGCCAGCAGCAAUCAGUAUAGUGAAGAUGUUCAGGUUCUGUUGCGUGUAAAAGAGCAAGGUGACGGAAAGAGCCUUGCUUACAACACACACCCAGCCUCGUUCAAGCCCCCUGUGGAGAGUCAUGUUCAAAAGAAUAAAAAAAUCCUCAAGGCAGUGCGAGAUCUUGCACCAGACUCUCUCAUCAUCGAGUACAGGGGCAAAUUUAUGCUAAGGCAGCAGUUUGAAGCUAAUGGAUACUUUUUUAAAAGGCCAUACCCUUUUGUAUUAUUUUAUUCCAAGUUUGAUGGUCUGGAGAUGUGUGUAGAUGCUCGUAGUUUUGGUAAUGAGGCGCGCUUCAUUCGGCGUUCCUGCACUCCCAAUGCUGAGGUGCGGCAUGUCAUUGAGGAUGGUAUGCUGCAUUUAUACAUCUACUCAGUGCGGCAUAUUACCAAAGGCACAGAGAUCACAAUAGGAUUUGAUUUUGAUUUUGGCAGCUGUAAGUACAAAGUGGACUGUGCUUGUGUGAAGGGGAACCCCGAGUGCCCUGUGCUGAAGCAUAACCUGGAGCCCACCGAAAACCUGAACUCAGGUGGCCGGAGGCGCGGCAGUCGAAAAGACAGAGACUCUCAAGACGACCUUGGUCAGAAUCAAAAUCUGUCUCUUGAUGGUGAAAUCAAGGGGAAAAGCGUGGGCGAUAACAAACAAAGGAAGCUGUCACCUCUCCGCCUUUCCAUCUCAAACAAUCAGGAUCCUGAGUUAUAUGAGGAUCUAGAAGACAAAACCUCCGUUAGCAAUGAAGUAGAGAUGGAGUCAGAAGAGCUGAUUGCAGAGAGGAGGAGGAAGAUGACCCGUGAGGAGAGAAAGAUGGAGGCAAUUCUGCAAGCGUUUGCCCGAAUGGAAAAAAGGGAAAAGCGGCGGGAGCAAGCCCUGGAGAGGAUUGGUACUGGUAAGCCGGAUGGUACUGGUCUUAUCAAAGAGGAGCCCCCAGCGACACCCGAAAUGGCUGAUUCUCCAUCGGUUGCACAGCCACUCCUUGAGGUGAAGGAAGAACCAGGAUUAAAGCCCGCUAAAGUCAAAUCCUCAAGAAACCGGAAAAGCUUGACAAGGAAUCGCACACAUAUCGGUCAACAGCGAAGGCGGGCUCGCACCAUCAGUACCUGUUCGGACUUGCCUCCUAGCUCUCCAGCGGAGUCUAUAGAACCUCAGAUUAAUGACGCUCCUGAAGGAGAACUGCCCUGUGCCCCAGAGCCAGAGGUCUUGUCUGUCCUUGCCCCAGAUGCCAGCCCUCCUCAAGGCAACUCCCCUGCUCCUGAGAGAUGUCGGUCUGGGAGCAGGAGCUUUAAGACAAAAAAGCACUUUGUGAGCGAGUGGGUGGGAGAAAAGCUGCAGGAUAGAGCUGGAGUGCGGACACCAGAGCCUGCGCCCCUAAGACCACUAAGAAUAAGCAGUGACCCAGAAGUAUUAGCCACACAACUGAACGCUUUGCCGGGCAUGGCCUGCUCGCAACAGGUCUAUAGCACCCCUAAACACUAUGUGCGCUUCUCUUCUCCAUUCCUGGUCAAUCGCAGUCCCACUACUCCAGGUGUCCCCACUGGAAGGCGGCGCUCGAGAGAGAUGCCAGAAACUCCACCAACCUCUGGUUCUUGUAAAAAGCGAUGGUUGAAACAAGCUUUAGAAGAGGAGUGCUCUCCGAGCCCUGUUAGAAGACCCGGUCUAGUUAUGCCCAGUGAGGGGCCUCUCAGCCCUUCAAUCAAUGGGGACUCGGAUAGCCCUCUACCUUGCAAUGGCAGUUGCUUGCUUCCAGAGUUGCCUACACCUUUAAAAAAGCGGCGGUUAAAUCCAUUAGAUGCCUGUUUGUCCGAGGGCUCCACUCCCUAUGGCUCCCCAUGUGCCACACCCACUCGGACAGAACAAUCAGAAGCCCCAACCACACCUGUUUUCAUGGCAACCCCACCACGCACUAAAACUGAGGAGCCCAGUAUAGAGCCUCUGCUUAGCACCCCGAUACAGACAGCUGACGCUCCGCCUGAGAGUGAAUCGUCUGUUGAAAGCUCUCCAGAAAUCAGUAAGAAACCCUGCACUCAGGAGCCGGAACAAGCUCCUUCGUUGACAUCAUCUCCAUGCAUCGGGCCGUCCUCCGACAGUCUAAUAGAUGAGAUCAAGCCCUCGGCUCCCGAGAGUCCACAGCCUUCAGCACCUGAGAAUGUUGACAGUGGAGAAGAAAUGGACAGUGGUGCUUUAGAAGCUGACUCUGAAGUGUCCUCGACGGCUGAACCAAGCGCUGCUACAUUUCCUGGAUGGAUAAAAAGUCCAGAAAGGAGCACAAGUGGAACGGCUGGCCUUAACUUCUCCCCCAUUAACUCAAACUUACGGGACCUUACCCCCUCUCACACGCUGGAGCCUUUAGGAGCUCCCUUCCGACUCGAGGCAAGCCCAUCUGCUGGCUCACUGGUUGGCCCUCCAAACACCUUCAGUGAAGGUCAAGGGGUGCUCUUUUAUCCCUGCUCUGAGGAUGCGUCCUCUCAGAGCCUUGCUCGUUCACUCAGUGGUGAUAGUUCUGGGGAAGGUGGAUCUGCACAAAACCCCCCACAAAAGAAAAAGGUUUCUCUCCUGGAAUACCGAAAGCGGCAGCGGGAAGCUCGUCGAAGUGGCUCCAAGACUGAGUGUAGUUCACCGAUUUCCAUAGUGGCACCUCUGACCAUUGAUGCCUUCUCUGUAGCUAUGGAGAUGACCAGUGAGCCCCCUCCACCGCCGCCACCCGCACCCCCCUGUACAAAUACUAUCACUGUAAAAGAGCCCCCGACAUCCGAGGACACGGAAACGCAAGGCGACAAAGAGGGCGGCGAGAAAGUGGAUGAAGAGGGCCAAUGGACAUCUGCAACAUCAGUGGAACAAGCUCGUGAGCGCAGUUACCACAGAGUUCUUCUACUCAGCAAAGACUCAGAAGAUGCUGAAAAUGAAGAAUGCGAAGCGCCUGUCACCAGUGAUAGUCCCUCUCCAGCUUUUCAGAAGACCCCGACUGUUUCACCCUGUUCACCCGGCGCAUCGAGUCGAUCCAUGAAGGAAGAUGACUGCGACAGUCAACCCAGAACACCAAAUGCAGCAUCAUUGAAUAAGUCCGUCACCCCGAAGCCCACCCCUCUGACGCCAACAAAGAUUCAUACUUCACCAUUACCAUCUUCUCCAGUCAAUUACCCUGGACCCUCCCUUCUCCUCUCCCCAAAACCCCCAUCGCAGACUGCACCGUUUCGCAGCCAAAGGGCAUUGUUUCCAGCCCAGCCUCAAAACCAGACUUUUACUAACGCUCAGAGCACACUGCCGCCUCCACCCCCUCCCCCACCCGCUCCAUCCACCUCCACUUCCUACUUCCCCAACCAGAGUCCUUCUCCUGUCGGUUCCUUCGCUGCAUUUAAACCCACAGUUGCUUCCCCGUUCCCCCCUGGUUCUCAGACUCUGCUGCAGCCCUUGCCUCACGGCGUGCACUAUCAGGGCUCUGCUGCUCCCCCACCUCCCCCUCCUCCUCCCCCACCACACCCUGGUCUGUUACACGUCAACCUGCAGCAGCACCAGCUGAUGCUGAGCAGUGCACCUCCACCUCCGCCUCCACCACAGGGACAGAAGCCCCCUCAGCAGGCUCCUCCUGCGGCCGGCAAUCUGCUGUCUUUGACUCCCCCUCCGCCGCCUCCCCCUCCGCCCCCCUCCAACACCAUGCAGAACCACCACUUUCAGAGUUUAGGAGGCUUUCAGGCCAUACCACCGACCACCUACCCCACGCCCCUGCAGCAGAGUGAGUUACCUCCACCGCCGCCGCCCCCACCUCAACAGACCCCACAGACCACAGCUGCACCUCGAGGGCCCCCUGCCACAGCGGCGCCGCCCUUCCACACAUCAAGUUACCUGAGCACCGGCCACUAUUUGUUGACAUGGGUGAAUCGGAGCUGUGUGCCUGGCCCUGGUUUGGGGCAGACGGGCUGCCUUGGAGCCUUCAUCCACUGGGUCCUGCUCCAUCUUUCCACAUCACAGGCCGAACACCCCAAAGGUUGUUUUGCAGUGAAUAAAGGUCAAACACAAAACUGCUUCCUGGGCACUGAUUGA